AUGUUACCAAAUCCAAGCUUUGACGAACAUCGUUGGGUGAUCCACAUUCGUAAAGCAUUAGACAAUGAAGAUGAUGAUCUACAACAAGAAUCCCAUAUCUAUGCCUCAAUCUUCAACGUUCCCAAAACACUUGUGCUCACCAGCCCGGAAUCCUACGUGCCACAGCUAGUAGCGUUAGGCCCGUACCACCACUCCCGGCCCGAACUAUACCAGAUGGAAAGGUACAAGCUCUCUGCAGCCCAAAGAUCACAAAAAAAUAUCCCCCUCAAAUUGCACAACCUCGUGCACCAAUUAUCCCGGGCCGAGCAUAGGCUUCGGGCCUGCUACCACAAGUUCCUUAAUCUCAACGGCGACACCCUGGCCUGGAUGAUGGCCGUCGACUCGUGUUUCUUGCUGGAUUUCCUCGAGGGCAAAUCGGGCCAAGAACCGGGCCUGCAUGACACCCUCCUUAGAGACAUUCUGAUGCUGGAGAAUCAGGUCCCUCUGUUUUCACUAAAGAAAACGUUGGAAUUCCUGUCGGGCUCAGCGGAUGGAGCUGAUGAUCGCCUCUAUGCAAUGGCCAUCGGGCUUUGCAGAGACGUCUCACCUUUUGUGAUCGUCCAAGAAUCAGACGGCGUUGAUCAGAUUAACAGAUCUACUCAUCUCCUGGAAUUCUUGUACAAUUUGAUAGUUCCAAGAUCGUCGGAGAUAACACUAGAACUAGAUGAGGACGAACAGGGCCCGAACAAGGCCAGAGCAGACCCGUUUAGUUUGAUGAAGAGAUUAGUGUCGUCUAAACCCGUCAGCUUCAUUCUCACAUUACCUUGGAAGAUCAUUUCCAAUCUUCCAGGCAUAAUAAUGUUGAAACAGGUGGAGUACUUGUGUUUCUGUCAAGAAACACGAGACGAGAACAACAACAACAACAACAACAACGACAACAGUCAUUUACUCAUGGAGGAAAUCACGAUCCCUUCGGUAACCCAACUUUCCAACGCGGGCAUAGAAUUCGCAAAGACGGAUUCCGGCAUUCCAGGCAUAAAUUUCAACAGGAAAACAGCUACGUUCCAUCUGCCGGCGUUUUCAGUCGACGUGAACACGGAGGUCGUGAUGAGGAACCUCGUGGCCUAUGAGGCGUCAUCACGGCCGUUGAUCUGCACGCGAUACACGGAACUGAUGAACGGAAUCAUCGACAGCGAGGAAGAUGCAAGGAUUUUGAGGGAAAAGAGGAUUAUUUUGAACUAUUUGAAGAGCGAUCAAGAAGUGGCGGACUUGUGGAACGGCAUGAGCAGGUCAAUUAGAAUGACGAAAGUGGGCUUCUUGGAUAAAGUCAUUGAAGAUGUGAACGACUACUACAAUGGUAGAUGGAAGGUUAGGAUUGGAAAGUUGAUGAGAAGAUAUGUAUUUGGAUCGUGGCAGUUGAUCACGUUUUUGGCUGCUGCUAUGCUGUUGUUUUUUGUGAGUUUGCAAUCAUUUUGCUCGUUGUUGGGCUGUGCUCGUCUGCUUUUAGGUCGUCCUGCUGAUGUAUGA